AUGAUAGCGGAAGGCAAGACUCAGUAUUAUUUCAUCAGGGUACCUCGAAGUAUGCCAAACAUUCCCGUGCCAGCUUAUCUCAAGGACGGGAGUGUGAAACGUAACCAUAAGAAGUCAGGACGAGACCCUGAAACUGGGCGUAUCGCCAUACGGCAUAAGGGAGGAGGGCAUCCACAGACAUUCCGUAUCGUGGACUUUGUAAGAGCUCCCGUGCCACAAGAAAAUGAAGAACCUAAACCGAUUCGAGACAAAGUCCUCCAUAUAGGCUACGACCCUUGUCGCUCUGGUCGUAUUGCACUGGUGGCAGGAGAUGGAAGCAAUAGAAUGAAAAUCAUCACUGCACCACAUGAGAUGAAAGUUGGAGAUGUUGUCACAGCUUUCCGAGGGAAGCCACAAUCUAUUGCCAGACUGAAACCUGGGGAUGCCUACCCACUUGCUCAUCUUCCUAUUGGCACAGUAGUGUACAACGUCGAGCUUCAGCCCGGAAAAGGUGCCCAGCUUGUACGUGCUGCUGGUACAUGUGCUCAGAUUCUCAAUAAAACUGAGACUACAGCAAGGUUGCGACUACCUUCAAAACAAGAGAAGGACAUUCCUCUUGAUUGCUUGGCCACUUUAGGGAGAGUUUCCAAUAUUGACCAUGAAAAUCGAGUCAUUGGUAAAGCAGGUAGAAAUCGAUGGCUCAAUAGGAAACCAAAAGGCCAGACUGGUAUAAAUCGUACUCUUUGGAGGAAGAAAAGGGUAUAACUUGUUUGAGUUAAUUCUUAUCUUUUCUAUCCAAGAAAAUCAAAUAAACAAGAACAAUGGAAAUAACGCUCUUAAACUCUUAUUUGUGUGAUGUUACUUACUUUCUCUGUUUCUCAUCAAGAGAGUUGGUUAUAAUUUAUUACUUUGUUUUGUGGUUUUGUUAAGAAGGAUAAUUACUUUUGAUUUUUUCUGUCUUAGCUCCAUUUUUUCAACAAUUAAAGUACUUAGAUUAAAUGCCACAAAAUUUUAGUUGUGAUCUAUGCCUUUAUAAGAGAAACAGAAAGCAGGUUUGGCAUAAUCCAGGAUAGGAGCUAAUCACCUCUUGAACAAUCACAUCCUGUUUAGGAAACUAAAGUGUUCAGUUACUUCUGACCAGGAUUUCCUUGUGUGCAGGGUAAACAUUUCUUUGUCUCUGGCAGAAAAAAAGAUUCAACAUAACUGUGUAGAGGUUACUUUGGGAUAGAAUUUAAGAACAUUUGAAUACCCAUCCACACCCCUCCACCAACACAUCUGUUCUGUCUAUUUGGUAGCCAUGAAUUGAGGCUCCCCGUUUUUCUUGGGGGGAGAGGGUGAAGGUGGGGUUAUUGUGUUGUGAAGUCUCAAAAGUUUGCCAAAGAUGUUUUAACUUGUCCAUCUAAGACAAAAUGUUUUCCUCCGAGAGUCUCACUUCCCUCUGAUGAUGAAUGGUUUCUUACAAACCUCGUUCCAGGAUCUGUCUUCAUCCCCCAGACCCAACAUUACUUUCCCCAGUCCAUUCGUUUCCUCGGCCAAGAUGGCGGUUUGUCUUUUCCGAUGAGACUGAAAUCUAUUCGUCACUUUGUCCCUCUGUUCCGGACUUCUUUACUUUGGUCAUUCCGAACGUCGACCAACACCAUGGCAACUUUAGAGACCUUAAACUUUGACAACCUAGCUCUCAAUUCCCUGCCGAUCGACAAGGAAACACAAAAUGUUAUAAGACAGGUCAAAGAUGCAUGCUUCACUCUUGUAAAACCGACAAAAGUAAACAAUCCAACCCUCGUAGCUUACUCACAGGAGGCUUUGUCCCUCCUUGAUCUACCGCCAUCUGAGGUGACAAGGCCAGACUUUGUGCAGUAUAUGAGUGGAGACAAAAUCCUUCCCGGAAGUCAGACUGCAGCUCACUGUUAUUGCGGACAUCAGCAGGGGUAUUUCUCCGGUCAGCUUGGAGAUGGAGCUGCGAUGUAAGUGGCAGGGACAUGAUUUUCACUCAUCAUAUGGUAGACCAAUCUCUCGUUUUUUGGAUGCUCGUUUUUCGUCGGUGAAGUCAACUUUUUACCGGGUAACCACAUAACCCUUUAACCGACUUGAGAGUGACUGGCUUCUAAUUUCACCUUACCCGGGUAGCAUCACCCAUGAAUCAGAUGCAAAGGUAAUGAGGAUUUGGAGAUAAUCACCAAUUUAAGAAGCUCCUGACUGUCAAACAAAUUCUCCUUUUUCCAUUACCGCAGGAAAUUUACAGACAUUAGUGUGGAUAACAUGAAUACUAAUGUUAGGGUGUACAGGAUUUAAAAAAAAAUAUAUAACAAGUGGACCUUGAGAGAGAGUCCUUUGCAUUCUAAGACCUCUCCUUCUUCUUCCUAGCUUGUGCAAUCCUCUCUUCUCUCUCUUUCUAUCCCCAGCAUGUGAAUGGCUAACAUGAUCAAAAAACAUUCAAAACAGAAAACAUUCCCCAUGAUUUGUUUGUAUCAAACCAAACUCAAUUGAUAUUCACAUGUACACCAUUGAUGGUUGAAGAUGGGUCUUUUAGUUACAAUUGACACAUGUAUAACAUUAAUGGUUGAAGAUGGGUCUUUAAGUUACAACUUAUUUUUUUUUCCUAUCCUCUUUGGAACAGGUAUCUGGGUGAAAUAAUUAAUUCCAAUGGGGAAAGAUGGGAAAUUCAGCUGAAGGGAUCAGGUCUUACACCCUUCUCUAAUCACAGAGAUGGCCGCAAAGCCUUGCGAUCAUCCAUUCGAGAAUUCCUGUGCAGUGAGGUAUAAUGAUUUUAGUCCUAUCAGAUACCCUUUUAAUUUAGCAAGUAAUGGUGGAAAUUUUGUUCAAAUUAUUUUUGGAUAAAAAAUUAAGUUUUCCAGCCAAUUUCCUUUGUCAUGCACCAGUAUGCAGAGAAUCUUUACUAAGAGGGUUAAAGACUCUUGACUUGAAGUAUGAAAUGUAGAUUAUCUUUAAGUUAGUAAAUUUCCAUCAUAAUUACCCCUUACUGUUAUAGUUACCAUUACUGUUACCAUAGUGACUGUCACUAUGGUUACCACUGACUUUGUCAGUUUUGCUGUCAUUGUCAUCAUCAUUAUCAUUCAUCUUUUACUAUUUCCAAAGUUAUUGAUAUUAUGUUGUUGUGACAUUAAUUAAAUAAAAUUAUCAUUAUUGUAAAUUAUUUCAGGCUAUGUAUCACCUAGGAAUACCAACCACAAGAGGUAAGAGUUUGUACACUGUUGUGUUCUCAACUGCGAUUGCGAGUCAAUCAAAGUGAGGUCAUUGAAACCAAUCUACCAUGCUAGAACAGUUACUUUCAAUCAGAUUUAUUUAAUAUGCUUUAAAUCACUUGGCAUGUGGUGGAAAAACUUAAAAAAUGAAAAAUCAAGGACCAAAUAAACAAAAAUGCUUGAACCAAAUACAUGAGGAAACGAAAUAAUGUUGAAAGGAAAUGAUUAUCAACCAAAGAAGCUCUUGAUUGUGAAACAAAUUCUCCUUGUCAGCACCCUAGGAAAUGUACAGAACAGUAUGGAGAAUAUGCAUACUGAUGUUAGGGUUUCAAGGAUUGAUACCAAAAAAUGGGUUGCAUCCCCUAACCUUGGAUAAAACUGGCCAAUUUUUGUUUAUAAAUACAUGUGAUCAGAUAAUAAUUUGCCAAACCUCUCAGAUUGGAGUUUCUUAGAUGAAAAGAAAAAUCUUGUUAUGUAAGAGGUAAAUGAAUGAGGUAGCUUUUAUGGUUAUCAUUGUUAAAUCAAAUGUUUUAUUCUAGACUUGCAUUGUUCAUUUUUUGUUUGUUUGUUUUUUUUCAGCUGGCUGUUGUAUAACCUCAGAUACAUUAGUAGAAAGAGAUAAAGAUUACACUGGGAAUAUUUCAAAAGAAAAGGCUUCUCUAGUAUUGAGGAUUGCUCCAACUUUUCUGAGGUACAAAAGCCUUAACUGCCAUAUUGAUUAAACACAAUUGUCCAUUGAAGUCUGCCCUUGGAAGAAUGUGUAUUUCACAGGUCAUCUUAAGUGCUAACUAUGUUGUGAGUCAUUGUAGUGACAUGCUGCACAUCCAUAACAGUUUGAUGGUAUAAUAUGCAUGGAUAUUUUGUGAGUUGGGUUAAGUAUGAGAAUGGCCAUUCAUAUUAUAUGUUAAAACAUUAAAUGAGAGAUUUAUCAUAAUAAUUUCACCAUCAGCUCAUUUUAUAGCAUUUUGGUGUUGAGUUUUCAAAAUAAUUCCUGUAGCUUUGAAUGAGCAUCAGAUCAGUCACAUAAGGUGUGGGAAGGGCCCUCACUUAGUGUAGAAGACACUGAGUUUGAUAUAUGACAAUAGAGUCCACAAAAAGACAAAAGAAUGAAAGCAAUGAAAAUAAUAUUCUAUUAAGGAGGUGUUCUAUUGUGAUGUGUCCUGUGUCCUCUACAUGGAAAAGGAGCCAGGAAAAGAAAAAAAACAAACAAACAAAACCAUUAAAUGUGCAAAAAAGUUUAUUACUUUAGACGAGCCUAAAAAAUGUAGAAAAAAAACCAAAGUUUGGAUUGUUCAGUGACGCCAUUUACUUUCUACCUUUCAGUUGGUAUUUUUGCCCUGUACUGCCAAGUUAUAUGGUGGUAUAUUUUUUUUGUUCUAAUGCCCCAAUAUAGUAAAAUAGUAACAGUGGAAUGAUAAAGUGUAAUAAUACAGUGCAGAAAAUUGUAAAGGGAAGGUAGAUGGUGAUAUUGAACCACAAAACAAUGCAAUUCAACUAGUCAUUGUGUACAUAUCAUAUGUGCUUACUAUGCUUGUUUUAAUGGCAGUCACAUGAGUCCCCUUACCUUUGAGCUGCAUUGUAUAAUUAUAUAAAUAUAUUUCAAACAAUUUUGUAUAUCACAUAUUACUAACGUUGAAUUCAUAGAUUUGUAACAAAUCACAACAAUUUUAUUUAAUAAUUGUUAUUAUUUUGUUUAAGUGAAAUUGAAUUCUCAUUCAAACUCUCUUAGGUUUGGCUCUUUUGAAAUUUUCAAGCCACCUGAUCCAGUGACUGAUUAUCAAGGUCCUAGUGCUGGUAGAGUGGACAUUCUGCAUCAGUUGCUAAGCUACACCAUUAAAACCUUCUUCCCCCAAGUAUGUCAGUUAAGUUCAAAUGUUGAAUUAAUUCCACAGACUGCUCUUUGAGCACUGGUACUUCUAAAUCACAACCACACUUGGUACUCAAAGCAACUCUGCCCCUCACUGAUUGACUUGUACACUUAACCCUUUAACUCCCGUAGUGUUCCACUACUCCAAAAUAGCUCAAAAUUAUAAUUUGACAAUUAUGUUCUAUUUACUUCUGUGGUGGGCCGUUGGCUACAGGUUAGCCUAAAGGCUUGUUUCGGGUUAGCAAAUUACACUUUAAAACCUUUUUUCUUUUAAAUUGAUUUACUGACUGAAAUGUGAUGUAAAGUACAAAGCUUAAAUAUCAAUCAAUGUUCUAAAUCACAUGAUUCUCAGUCAUUUUUAACGAAACAAGGUUACAAACAUCAGCCAAAUUUCUCCUCACAAUAUCAAUACAAUAUCAAGCAGACAAGUGAUGAAAACGUAGAAUAAUAUCCAUUCAGGGGAAUAUUAUUUGAUCCAAAACCAAAUUCUCUAAGCUAACAUCAAAGGAAUUGUAUGACAGACCAUAAGGAGAAUUAUUAAUGACAUCUUGGGAGUGAAGGGGUAAAUAUCAUUAUGGCAUGCAGUAAAUUAAUGUUUUUAGACAUGGAGUGACAGUUCAUCCUUCACUGAAUUUGUUGAUGCCUUUUGGCAAGGGUGUUGAAACACAAGAAAUUAAAACUAAAAACACAUGAAUUAUCAGACUACAAAUUCACAUAUACAUUUUCUGAGUUGCAAAGUAAAUAAAGAGUUUAUUUUUUCUUAAUAUUUUAUGGUAAUUAAAUUAAUGUUUUUGAAAUCUAUUUUAUUUUUCUGUAUUUUUUAUAAAUUAAGCAGCCAUACUUUGUUAUUGUUUUUUUCAAUCAGAUCUCUGCAGGAGACUUUCAGAGUCCUGAAGAAUGGUAUCUUGCCUUUUUCCAAGAGUUGACUUUGUUAACUGCUCGCCUUGUUGCCAGUUGGCAGUGUGUUGGAUUUUGUCAUGGGUAAGACAGGCAGUUGAUAAGAGAAUAGCCUUUCUUGUUAGUAUCAUUUUUCUUCCUUCAAACUACAGAAGGGGAGAGAUAGAGUAGGGCUUUUGUCAGAAAGGGGGGAGGGUAGAGGUAUUAAGGCUUUUAUCAAGAAGGGGGAAGGGUAGAGUUAGGGCUUUUAUCAGCAAAGGGGGAAGAGUAGAUGUAAGGCUACAUUCUAUGUGGGCUGCAAAAACUACUGCUUCUAUUCAAAUAAUUUUUUGCAGAGUGUUAAAUACAGACAACAUGAGCAUUGUUGGUGUCACCAUUGAUUAUGGGCCUUUUGGAUUUCUGGAUUAUUAUGAUCCAAAUUAUAUGAGUCAGGCAUCUGGUAAGUGGUAAAGAACAUUUUGUGUCACACAGUGUAAGAUGAUUGGCAUGAUACAGUUGUGUGCCCUUCAUUAGAGGGUACUUGUGCAUAAUUAGCUAAUAAACUGUGAGAGGGAGGAGAACUCCUGAUGUCAAAAAUUGAUAGGUCAUUAACAAGAGGAGAGUAUCUUUAUUUUCUAUUAAUAAUCUUAAUCCAGUGACAAUAGUGUAUGGUAGCAGGCUGGGGCAGGGAUGAAGCACUUGCUUCAAAACUAUGUUGCAGAAGUUUGAGUCUCAAACCUUGCAUUGCAUAUUGGUUGACAUUUGACUUUUUGAUAAAUGUUGCCAUUUCUCAAAAAGUUUUCUCUUUGGUAUUCGGGAUUCUGCCCCUCUGUUAAAACCUGUCUCCAUUUACUUUUUGUUUGUGGUUUACAAAUUUUUCAUCGACAGAAACAAACAUUCCUAAGUCCAAUUCAUCCCAGGAAAAAGGGACACAGGAACCCCCUCCCAUAAUAGAUAUACUCAAUUGACUGUUAAAAUCUGACUUGUCUAGAUGAAAAUUAUUUAUCCUCAUAGUCUAACAUGGAAAUGUAUUUGUUUUUGUUUACUUAUGACUUUACAGUGUACGUAUGUUAUUGCACAAACAGAUGCUAGGAGAAGAAACUCUUUCAAGAAUCAGCCUGAACUGUGCAAAUGGAAUUUGCUCACAUUAGCAGAGGCCAUUCAAGAUGUACUACCACUAUACAAAUCUAGGACUCUGUUAGAAGAUUUGUAAGUGUUCUCAUGAUCAGGUGUUCUUGGAAAAACCAUCUAGGAGUUUUUGAUUUGUCUUGAAACCUUUGUCUAAUUUCAGUCCAAAAUAAGAGGAUUUCUUUGCUUCACCUAUUUUUCAAACUAAAAUAACUUUGACUUAGUGCAAUCAUCUCAGAUAUGUAUGUGAAGUGUGAAGGCUUUGUAGUUGAUUUUUAUUUGGAAAGAGCUCACUGAGGUUUGGGCAAACCUUUGGGAGUUGACCUUGCAAUGUGGUGAAACCUCCAGCCACUGGAGGGAGGGUGUAGAACUUGCCAAAAACUCUGACGAGCCAUUUGCAAGUUUUGUUUGUGAGAUAUUCUCAUUUUAUGAUAAUUUGUUCAGAAGAUUUAUUUUUCCUUUUUUUUUUCUCAGAUUUGAUUCAGAAUUUCAAAGAUGUUACAUGGCUAAAAUGAGGUUGAAGGUGAGUCUUUACCAGUGGUAAAUUACGACAGAAAUCUAUGAACGAAUGGCAGCCUCCUUUUGUUAUAAGUAAUCAUCAUAAUUAUGCUUUUUGAAUGUUUCAGCUUGGAUUAUUGAAGAAAGAAUUGCCGACAGAUGAGUGAGUUGAACUUGUCACUACAAUAAGAAUGAAUCACUGAGAGAACACCGUAAUCUCAGUCAUAACCUAACCUCAUCCCCCCCCCCCACCCCGCUAGGGCCACCUUUUUGUGAAUGAAAAUUUGAUUCCAUUAAUUUGUAGCUCUCCUUCCCCUCCCUCUGCUCGUAAGUACAUACCCCUCCGGUUACAAGCCUACCCAUUUGUCAAUACCGUCAAAUCGGAUAUUCCUGUUAUUCUUUAUUCCCUUUGACAAACCUCACCCCACCCCUGAUGUAACUUAUUGCCUCGACAAAAUUACUUUCACUGACCAGUUAGAGCAAUUAGGGAACGGAACCAUGGUUUUUUGUUUGUUUGUUGGUUUGUUUUUUUUUUUUUGCUUUUUCUUCCUGUCUUGUCAAAUCCUGUAGGUUGAAAAUAGAGGGUGUUGAUUAAUUUUUUAUCGUAGAACUGGUUCCAGUUUUAGUUCGGAGUUCUGAGUUGUAAUUUUCAGUUGUUGUCGAACUUUUACACACAAUGCACUUGAUUACACCUCUUAAUCCUCUUUCUGUCCGCCACGUUUUAUAUCUUACUGUGACUGACACGUCCUAUGCGAUUAUUUUGGUAGGAAGCUGAUAACAGCCCUGUUUGACACCAUGGAGAAAACUGGCGCUGAUUUCACCAACACCUUUAGAUGUCUCAGUGAUAUAACACCAACGGGGUGCUCAUCAUCCAAAAGGUUUGUUCUGUAACUAGUCUCUCCAUCCAUACUGCUAUGUUAAGGCGCCUUUGUUAAUACUGCAAGAAACAAUUUUUCCGUAAGUACAAGAGAGCUAUUUCAAACAACCGCCAGAACCUACGAGAAUUUUUGGCAAUGGGGAAAUUUAUUGAAGGAAAAUGUCCAAGUUUGAUAAGUUACUUUAUCAUGGAUCUCAUGAUGUAAGACUUACUGACUGAGUUUGGUCGGGUCGGACUGGAAAAUAUUUGGCUCUCGGUCAUUACGCAAGGUCAUCGCUGAGCAUAAUCUAUACGUUAGAAUCUCAAAUAUUUCCCCGUGUGGUCCUCCCAUUCAUUGAAUAAGUACCGAGUAGCUCUUGAUGGCAGUGGUAGAUUCGUACUCAAUCGCUUCAAAGAAGUCUUUUAGGAGAGCGCGGAUGAACGAGGCGCGAUGAAUCUUGAUUUUCCUUUUGAUUGGUGAUGGUGACUUAACCCUUUACACGCUGCUAUCAGUAUGCAUAUUCUCCAUACUGUUAUUUAUACAUUUCCUGUGGUGCUGAUAAGGAGAAUUUGUUUAACAAUCAAGAGCUUCUCUAAUUGUUGAUCAUUUCCGUUAUUCUCGUAAGCUUAAUGUUUGAUUCAGAGGUGAUAUUGUAAGGAGAAAUUAGAUGCUGGUCCCUCUUGGGGGUCAAAGGGUUGAGUUUGAUCUAUCAAAUCGCAGAGCAUUACAGAGCUAAACUGAAAGCAAGUUCGAAGUGCAUUCGGCAAUUGCUGCAGAGCAUUACCCUAGCGUCCUUAACUGAUGCAAAGUUUAGAUCAUGUCGCCCUUUGAAACCCUCGGAAAAGUGGCGUGGACUUUGAUAACAGAUCACAGCUUCAAUUCAAAUCAAGUGACGGGUUCCUUAAAAAUUGUUUUUUUAUUCACGUGAUUGUUGGUACUAAUUUAAAGCUAAUUCAGUUUUGGAUCAUACUACGGUUUUUAUCGUUCAAAGCUGACUUUGUGCACUGUAGCUGAGUAAUCACCUCGUAUGUUUUCUGUUCUUAGCGAUGAAGACAUCGUUGAAUACCUUGUGUCUCAAUGUGUUCCUCUGCAAGGAUUAAUCAAAGCGUACUCAACGAUUCUUGAAUGGAGGUUAGUUCGAAAAUAGCCAGCGAUUAGACCUUCUUUUCUUAGGUCGAAAAGUGUUGUAGCACCAGGUUUCUGGCGUUUAUCUCCAGGAGGUUAUCGGUAAACUCCUUUGGGCCUAGCCGUUUAUUACAGGUGGAGCUUACCUCAUAUUCGUAAGAAUAAGAAUAGGGUCAUUCUUACUACACCUUCAUGGAUGCCAGUCCAUUGGACAUAACCUCCAGCAUUUCGUGAGAACUCUAUUAUAGUUCAUCGGCCUACCGUUAUCUAAUUAUACUCCUUUGAGAAGGUGGCCACUGUGAAAGUAAAAGUGUUUUCCCUAAAAACACAACACAAUGACCCUGCCUGUCCUUGAACCUGGGCUUCUAAAUCCAGAGCCCAGCUUACUAAUCGUAACGCCAUUUUGUUUCGUUAAGAGACUUGGACCUGAUUCUCUCUUGGCUUCAUAGAUAGUGGUUUACCACUUAAAGUAGAGAAACAAAUAUACCAGAAACCUUAGUUAUUUCACCUCAACAAAUGAAUUGUGAACGUCUAUCCCAUAAUUCAGUGCGCGCCUCCCACUUGUUCCCAUGUCUUUUAAAACGAGCUCGCGUAGUGGUAAUUUGCGCUAAUUGAAUUAAAGAAUUAUCAAAACCUUCGCAGUAAAGAAAUCAGUGGUCGGCUACUAGAUAGACCGUUCAAUUGUUUUCCUCUUGUUCGUGUUUCUAGUCAGAUGAUAGCGAUGUGCAGAGAGGUUUGGAAGUCAAAUCCAAAUGUAAUUUCUCAUAUUGAAAAGGAAGCUGAUAAACAUCUUCUGGAGGACAAAAGGCGCUGGGAAAAAAUUGAGCAGCUUAAGGUGAUUGAAUCUUCUUAUUAAAGGGCAGAUGGAUCGAGUAAAGACCUCUUAUUAACCGAGUUCGAGGUCUGUGCUGUAAGUUACGGACUGAGCCAAUUUUCCCUCUCGGAUUUAUGAGAGUAAAUAAAUGGGUUUUUGAUGAUGAUGGGAUGGUUUGAAAACUACCCACAAGACAUACCCUUAAGACGUAUUCAACAUGAAAAAUUAUUUACACUUCUUAUUUUAAACAACCUUACCGCUCGUAGACGUAAUUUGUUACUAUGUACGUAUUGACUGAGUGGGAGGGCCGGACGGGAAAAUAUUUAGCUCGAAGUCAUAACUUACAGACCGAGCGCAGCCAGAUGCGUGUGUCAUGACUGGGAGCCAAAUACUUUCUCGUUCGGCCCCCCUACUCGGUGAACAAGCAUUUUUUUAUAUGACCACUUACUGUUGAAAAUUUCGAAAAUAGGACGCGAUGGACGAGCGCACGCGGGACAACUCAAAAAAAGGAUUCUACAAUAAAAAAACUUUUGCUUUGCCACUUUCGAGUCAGAACCAGAAACUACUAUGCAUCGAAAAACGCGACUUUUUUUACUCUUUUCUUUUACUCCUUUAAGUUUUUGAAUGCAGAGCUGGAUGGCUUUUUCCGGACCGGCUCACGUCAACCCGUUCGGCCCUACACACGUCAGUUCUUACUGUGGUUUUCUAUUGCAUUGUGCGAGCGGAGCCUCACGGGUCAUAUGAUAAUAUAAGUGAUUACUUUUGAGAUUUGUUGAUUUAUUACUGAGUAAAGAGGUAAGUUUCUGAGGAAAAUGUGGUGCUGCGCUGGGACUGGGGGGAACGGGGGUAUAGCAAGAUAACCUGGUUAUAUCGACUGAGUUGAUGAUGUGAACUGGCCAACGCAGAGUUUCUAAAAGCUGCCGUUUCGAGCGCUGGUCCUUCGUUAGAACGGCUAACAAAGGGCUAACACUCCGAACGUCUGCAUAGGAACUCUUUAUGGUGACCGAUUUAAAUUAUCGACUUAGUUGAUAAAACCUAUUUGAUUUAUUUAUGGUUUGAUUAAUUUAUUGAUUGAUUGACCGACCUUCAACUCAGGUGUCAACGCAAAACGGAAAAGAGAAUAACGACCGUGUUUUAUGGACGCAGUGGAUCACAGCUUACAAGUGAGUGGGAAUCAUUGAUUGCGGGUAAGAAACCACAAGGGUGAUCGUAAAUGAAGGACAAAAUUAUUGGACACAUGACGUUCACGUAGCUGCUCUUAAGGAAGUAAUAAGAAAUGAGGUUUAAAUGUACCGAAGUUCGCUGCAAUACCUUCCUCCCUAUUGAAUAUUGUAUAGUCACAGACAACAAACUUCAACAUCGUUCAAGGGGAGAAGGGGUUAUGUAUAAUUGGUAUGCUAUUACAUUAGAGUUGACAAGUGAAUUUUUGUCUUCAUUUAUUAUUCCUUCUUCCUUUUGUUUUUAUUUUCUUUCAUUUGCCAAGAGAUCGUCUUGAUCAGGAAUGCGACCAUCAUGAUGUUCAAGAGGUAAACACAACACUUCCAUUCACUUGAAAAUAACUCUCUGAAGAACUCCCCUUUCCUUUUAAUUUUUUCAUUGAUUUAAUUUUUUUCUGUCGCACACAGGUAAACAAAGAACGAGUCAGGGUAAUGAAAUCCAACAACCCAAGGUACUUGUCUGUGUUCUUCUUGAAGAAUGAAAUGUUGACCUUAAGCCCCGAAUCUAUUAUCUCUCCUAUGAGAAUCAGUACGUGACAAGAGAUCAAAAUUGACAAAUACACUGGCGAAAAUGACUGUAACCAACACCUUGUUUUUUGUUUUUGUUUUUUUUUUGUAAUUACCGAGGCAUAAAGUAAAGUGUGCCUGCGUGACUGUCUCAUAUUGCUGUCGGAGCUUAUUCCUGUUUCUUUGGUAAGAAAUCCCCUGCCAAUCUGGGUUACUCUCCCCCCCCUCCUCUACUUUCCGUCCCCCCCCUGCUUUCUGUCCCCUCCCCCCCUCCUCUACUUUCCGUUACGUUUCCCGGACGAUUUACGUUCCAGAGAUAGUCACCACGUGAACUGUAUGUCUGGCUUAAGACCACAUUACAUUGACACGGCCAGCACUUAAGCCCUGACUCAUUGAAUUUCAUCGCCCUGAGCAUAAAGCUCCCGGUUCUUCCACAUCAUUUGGAAUUUAUCCGCUAAAACAAAAGGAAUUCUGAGACUGACGAGUUCUACCUCUGUUCAUCUCUCUAACUUUUAACUUUAUCUUUAUGCAAUUAUUUUCUUUGCAGGUUUGUUCUUAGAAAUUACAUCGCCCACAAAGCUAUAGAGGCCGCAGAAAAUGGAGACUUCUCUUUGGUAAGAGCAGUGAAACCAGUAGAUCCCAUCAAACAUGUUUCAUUUUGAAAACCGUUGCAUACUUAUUUGCAGGUUUAUUUCCAGUCAGCACGAUCGAUAGAGACUGUGACCAAUAAGGAAAAAGGAAGUGAUUUGUAUUUAUUCCCCUUCUUUACUUUGGCGGGCAAAGAAAACAUGCAUGAGUCAAGGUCGCUGGUCAACCCUUUAACUGCCAGAUCAAAUUUGUAAUUCUCCUUACUGUCAACCAUAUAACUCUUACAAUGUUAGAUCAGGGAAUUUAGUAUUGGAUCAACUAGUUAUUCCCAUAUUGAUAUUUUCUUUAUUCUCAUCACUUAUCUGGUUGACAUUGUAUUGAUAUUGUAAGGAAAAAUUCUGUCUUGGUCACUCAUGUGAGUUAAAGGGUUAAAGGAAACUCGUCGGCGCAAAGUUUUCCCGAGCCUCUGUGCAAAAUUAUUUAAGAAGUUUCCUUUUUAGUUAAUUUGGUUUUAUCAACUGAGUUGAUAAUAUAAAGAGUUUCUCAAGAUGACGUUUCGAGUGUUAGUCCUUCGUCAGAGCGAAUGGGUCAUACACACCAACGAAAAUUUCUUCAGUUCCUGACAUUUUUCUUUGUCGUAUUUCAACACGGAAACUCGUUUGUUAUCUUUUGGAAAGGGGUUCCUUUAGGGCUAUUUUCCCAUCAACAAUGCAAAGGAAAUCUUGCGAAGACAAUACUUGCAAUCACUGACUCCUGUUCUUUUGCAGGUUCAAACUAUUCUGAAACGCUUGAAAAUACCUUACAGAGACGAUGCGGAAUUUGACGAAGCUACGCUUUACGAAGCAGCAAGUACUAAUUCCACCUUGUCUUGUAAUAACGAGAAAACAGGGCUGUUUAACGUUCUGGAUACAAGGAAAACUAACCUCGACAAAUUGCCUGAUGAUGCGUUUAAUAUGCGGCUUUCGUGAUCUUCAUAAGUCUUUCGCGUAAUCCUGGUGGGUCCUCGUGGCGGAGUAGAUCCAUCGUCCCUCCUCAGUUAAAGCGAAGAAGUAGGGUUAACGACAUGCAGGAUUGAAAGGGAGUGUCACCGAUUGCAGUUGGCAAAAAGUGAAACGAUAGUGUGGCAUGUUUUCAGGCUAUUGGUUAGCCUUGUACCUAGGCUCAACCUCUUUGCCACCCGUUCGUUCAAACAGCGUAUCAAAAUUGACGUCACCACACGCAGCUCUCAACUAGUGACUAGGCUUUCAGAAAGACUUCUUGCCGGACUAUAUUGCCUAAUCAAAACAAUUCCAAUCAAUCUUUCGUUUACAUCAACAAAUAUGUCCGCUAGAAUGCUCUACGCCGAUGAAGCGUUUGGAGACUAGAGAAGCUAUCAGCUUAGCACGACAAAAGCGACGUGGGAGCCGCUUUUAUCGCGAGGACUCAAGGACAACCACCUCAAGCAUUAUGUUACUAGUUGUACACAAAUCUUCAAUUUCACCCAACCCCUCCCCCUUGCGAUUGUUUUCGUUUUAUCCCCUGAUCGUGUUCGCUUUUAUCCCUCGAGCCCUGGACGAUGAUCAGAUCUGUGAUCAUUUGUGAACAGACUAGGAUGGUUUAUCUCGAUGGAUGUGCCUCUUCCAGUUGUUGACGGUAUUAACAAAAACCAAUAAUUGGCGGUUUGUACCCGAUGUGAAUUAGAUCUGGAAUGGAAGAACAGAAUAACAUAUUUUUUAUAGCUUUGUGGUUUGUGUCUCUUAGUCAGUUUGUUCACCAACGUUCCGUUGCGUGAGCGAGAUAUUAGAUGUGUAAUACUAAAACCACAGGUUGUCUAAGGAAUUUUAUGAAGCCAUCUACACAAAAUACAGGCUAAGAAUGAGAUACAAACUUCACACUGCAGAUUGUUUAUUUAAGAAUGAGAACACAGUUUUUUUUCUAAAUUUAACUUAAAAACAAGAACAAUUUAUAAUUUUAUUACUAUGGCGAAACGGCCCUUUUAAAAUCGUCUAACAUGACAAUUCGCGUGGUUCGGCCAAACCUUUUUAGCCCAGUUAAACAAAGUGUUAAGGAUAAGUUCUUUUGAAUUAUCAUUCCAAGCCCGAGUUUUGCACGAGUUGAGACGUUCAACACUCGCAGCAAUGUUUCAUCGAGGACCUGAUCAUGAAGUGAUAAAGCGUGAC